AUGGAGUUCUGUUCCAAUAGUCUGCAGAAUAUUCUUGAAUUAAAACCACAAGUAUUUGAGAGACAAGCGGGAGAUCCCAUGGAUUUAUACGAGUAUUUCAUUUCGUGUGAUAUAUUCCGUCAGAUCUUAGAAUGCGUUCAAUAUUUACAUGAAUUGAAUCCUCCGGUCAUUCAUAGAGACCUCAAACCAGAAAACAUAUUAAUUGCAUCCAACGUAAGGAACGGCAGGUUUUUGAAGUUAUGUGACUUUGGUUUGGCUACAGUUCACGACAAACGCAUUCACUACAGGACUACACGUAAACAUACGGCAGAUAUCGGGGACAUGAGAUACCAGGCGCCGGAAUUCACAACCGUAUUCAACAACACAUGCAGUCAUAAACUCGUCGGUAAUUCAGUUACAAACUCUAUUCGAGUCAAUGGUGACCCACAAGUGGCCUAAACGCUCGGAAUGUAGUGAAGUGUUGCAGAAAUAUAACGAGUGGUCUAUCAAUAGGAAUAUUGUGGCAAA